AUGGCUUCUUCUGCAUUCAAGCGCCUUGUGCGCUUCGUUCCCAAGUCAGCGCCUUCAAGCAUCUUGAUCGGAGAACCAGUGCAAGCUUCUCUUGACGUCGGCCUAGCGUCUCGUGAAGGAAAAGACAUCGCUGUCAAUGUCUUUUCAGGACGGUCAGUCUUGGCGCCUGGCACUCGAACAGACCGCACUGAAUCCGUCGAGCGACUCUUGUCACCUUUGGCGCAAGAGGAAGUGGGAACCAUUCGAUGUAUCGGACUGAAUUACGUUCAGCAUGCGAAAGAAGUCAACAUGGAUAUCCCAACAAUCCCCACGCUGUUCCUUAAGCCUAACACAGCACUUGGUGACCCGUGGCCAGCCCCUACUCUGCUUCCCAAGAUAACUCAAAACGAUGGAAGCGGUGAUUACGAGUCUGAGCUGGCGGUCGUCAUUGGCAAAGCAGCCAAGAACGUUUCUGAGGAGAAUGCUAUGGACUAUGUUCUGGGCUUCACGGCAGCCAAUGAUGUCUCGAGUCGCGUUUCGCAAUUGAACCAGUCCCAGUGGUGCUUCUCCAAGGGAUUUGACGGGGCAUGUCCUAUUGGUCCCGCUCUGGUCUCGACUUCAGAGAUCCCUGACCCUUCCAAAUUCCAUAUCCGGGGUCUGAAGAACGGCAAGGUCUUGCAAGACUGCUCACUGGACGACCUCAUCUUCAGCGUUCCCAAGCUCGUCAGCUUCCUAUCUCAAGGAACAACCCUUCCCGCAGGAACCGUCAUCAUCACUGGUACACCAGCCGGCGUAGGCAUGGGUAGAAAGCCCAAAGAGACUCUUUCCCAUGGCGAUGAGUUCAGAGUUGAGAUUCUGCCACAUGUCGGAACAUUGGUUAAUACUUUUGAGAAUGAAUAG